GCACUAAUCACAAUUCUUGGAAGAGGAGAACUGGACGUUGUGAACAGAGUUAGCUGAUAAAUGUCCUCAUAAAAGAUCCAAAAAAUGAGACUUCUAGCAAAGAUUAUUUGCCUUAUGUUAUGGGCUAUUUGUGUAGCAGAAGAUUGCAAUGAACUUCCUCCAAGAAGAAAUACAGAAAUUCUGACAGGUUCCUGGUCUGACCAAACAUAUCCAGAAGGCACUCAGGCUAUCUAUAAAUGCCGCCCUGGAUAUAGAUCCCUUGGAAAUAUAAUAAUGGUAUGCAGGAAGGGAGAAUGGGUUGCUCUUAAUCCAUUAAGGAAAUGUCAGAAAAGGCCCUGUGGACAUCCUGGAGAUACUCCCUUUGGUUCUUUUAGCCUCACAGGAGGAAAUGUGUUUGAAUAUGGUGUAAAAGCUGUGUAUACAUGUAAUGAGGGGUAUCAAUUGCUAGGUGAGAUUAAUUACCGUGAAUGUGACACAGAUGGAUGGACCAAUGAUAUUCCUAUAUGUGAAGUUGUGAAGUGUUUACCAGUGACAGCACCAGAGAACGGAAAAAUUGUCAGUGGUGCAAUGGAACCAGAUCGGGAAUACCGUUUUGGACAAGUAGUACAAUUUGUAUGUAACUCAGGCUACAAGAUUGAAGGAGAUAAAGAAAUGCAUUGUUCAGAUGAUGGUUUUUGGAGUAAAGAGAAACCAAAGUGUGUGGAAAUUUCAUGCAAAUCCCCAGAUAUUAUAAAUGGAUCUCCUAUAUCUCAGAAGAUUAUUUAUAAAGAGAAUGAACGAUUUCAAUAUACAUGUAACAUGGGUUAUGAAUACAGUGAAAGAGGAGAUGCUGUAUGCACUGAAUCUGGAUGGCAUCCAUUGCCUUCAUGUGAAGAAAAAACAUGUAAUAAUCCUUAUAUUCCAAAUGGUGACUACUCACCUUUAAGGAUUAAACACAGAACUGGAGAUGAAAUCAGGUACCAGUGUAGAAAUGGUUUUUAUCCUGCAACCCGGGGAAAUAUAGCAAAAUGCACAAGUACUGGCUGGAUACCUGCUCCAAGAUGUACCAUGAAACCUUGUGAUUAUCCAGACAUUAAACAUGGAAGUCUAUAUUAUGAGAGUAUGCGUAGACCAUACUUUCCAGUAGCUGUAGGAACAUCUUACUCCUAUUACUGUGAUGACCAUUUUGAGACUUCGUCAGGAAGUUACUGGGAUUACAUUCAUUGCACACAAGAUGGAUGGUCGCCAGCAGUACCAUGUCUCAGAAAAUGUUAUUUUCCUUAUUUGGAAAACGGCUAUAAUCAAAAUUAUGGAAGAAAAUUUGUGCAGGGUAACUCUAUAGAAGUUGCCUGCCAUUCUGGCUACGGUCUUCCAAAAGCACAGACCACAGUUACAUGUAUGGAGAAUGGCUGGUCUCCUACUCCCAGAUGCAUCCGUGUCAAAACGUGUUCCAAAUCAAGUAUAGAUAUUGAGAAUGGGUUUAUUUCUGAAUCUCAGUAUACAUAUGCCUUAAAUAAAAAAGCAAAAUAUCAAUGCAAACUAGGAUAUGUAACAGCAGAUGGUGAAACAUCAGGAUCAAUUACAUGUGGGAAAAAUGGAUGGUCACCUCAACCCACAUGCAUUAAAUCUUGUGAUAUGCCAGUAUUUAUGAAUGCCAGAGCUAAAAAUGACAUCACAUGGUUUAAGCUGGAUGACAUAUUGGACUAUGAAUGCCAUGAUGGUUAUGAAAGCAAUACUGGAAGCACUACUGGUUCCAUAGUGUGUGGUUACGAUGGUUGGUCUGAAUUACCCAUAUGUUAUGAAAGAGAAUGCAAACUUCCUAAAAUAGAUGUACAUUUAGUUCCUGAUCCAAAGAAAGACCAGUAUAAAGUUGGAGAGGUGUUGAAAUUCUCCUGCAAACCAGGAUUUACAAUAGUUGGACCUAAUUCCGUUCAGUGCUACCACUUUGGAUUGUCUCCUGACCUCCCAAUAUGUAAAGCUCAAGUACAAUCAUGUGGUCCACCUCCUGAACUCCUCAAUGGGGAUGUUAAGGAAAAAACGAAAGAAGAAUAUGGACACAGUGAAGUGGUGGAAUAUUAUUGCAAUCCUAGAUUUCUAAUGAAGGGACCAAAUAAAAUUCAAUGUGUUGAUGGAGAGUGGACAACUUUGCCAGUGUGUAUUGUGGAGGAGAGUACCUGUGGAGAUAUACCUGAACUUGAACAUGGCUGGGCCCACCUUUCUUCCCCUCCUUAUUACUAUGGAGAUUCAGUGGAGUUCAAUUGCUCAGAAUCAUUUACAAUGAUUGGGCACAGAUCAAUUAUGUGUAUUCAUGGAGUAUGGACCCAACUUCCUCAGUGUGUGGCAAUAGAUAAACUUAAGAAGUGCAAAUCACCAAAAUUAAUUACAAUUGAGGGAAAUUUAACAAACAAGAAGGAAUUCGAUCAUAAUUCUAACAUAAGGUACAGAUGUAGAGGAAAAGAAGAACAAAUACGCUCAGUCUGCAUAAAUGGAAUAUGGGAUCCGGAAGUGACCUGCUCAAUGGCACAAAUACAAUUAUGCCCACCUCCACCUCAGAUUCCCAAUUCUCACAAUAUGACAACCACAUUGAAUUAUCAGGAUGGAGAAAAAGUAUCUGUUCUUUGCCAAGAAAAUUAUCUAAUUCAGGAAGGAGAAGAAAUUACAUGCAAAGAUGGAAGAUGGCAGUCAAUACCACUCUGUGUUGAAAAAAUUCCAUGUUCACAACCACCUCAGAUAGAACAUGGAACCAUUAAUUCAUCCAGGUCUUCACAAGAAAGUUAUGCACAUGGGACUAAAUUGAGUUAUACUUGUGAAGGUGGUUUCAGGCUAUCUGAAGAAAAUGAAACAACAUGCUACAUGGGAAAAUGGAGUUCUCCACCUCAGUGUGAAGGCCUUCCAUGUAAAUCUCCACCUGAGAUUUCUCAUGGUGUUGUAGCUCACAUGUCAGACAGUUAUCAGUAUGGAGAAGAAGUUACGUACAAAUGUUUUGAUGGUUUUGGAAUUGAUGGGCCUGCAAUUGCAAAAUGCUUAGGAGAAAAAUGGUCUUACCCUCCAUUGUGCAUAAAAACAGAUUGUCUCAGUUUACCUAGCUUUGAAAAUGCCAUACCCAUGGGAGAGAAGAAGGAGUUGUAUAAGUCGGGUGAGCAAGUGACUUACACUUGUGCAACAUAUUACAAAAUGGAUGGACCCAGUAAUGUAACAUGCAUUAAUAGCAGAUGGACAGGAAGGCCAACAUGCAGAGACACUUCCUGUGUGAAUCCGCCUACAGUACAAAAUGCUCAUAGAGUGUCGAGACAGAUGAGUAAAUAUCCAUCUGGUGAGAGAGUACGUUACGAAUGUAGGAGCCCUUAUGAAAUGUUUGGGGAUGAAGAAGUGAUGUGUUUAAAUGGAAACUGGACAGAACCACCUCAAUGCAAAGAUUCUACAGGAAAAUGUGGGCCCCCUCCACCUAUUGACAAUGGGGACAUUACUUCAUUCCCGUUGUCAGUAUAUGCUCCAGCUUCAUCAGUUGAGUACCAAUGCCAGAACUUGUAUCAACUUGAGGGUAACAAGCGAAUAACAUGUAGAAAUGGACAAUGGUCAGAACCACCAAAAUGCUUACAUGCAUGUGUAAUAUCCCGAGAAAUUAUGGAAAAGUAUAACAUAACAUUAAGGUGGACAGCCAAACAGAAACUUUAUUCGAGAACAGGUGAAUCAGUUGAAUUUGUGUGUAAAUACGGACAUCGUCUUUCACCAAGUUCUCACCCACUGCGAACAACAUGUUGGGAUGGGAAACUGGAGUAUCCAACUUGUGUAAAAAGAUAGAAUCAGUCAUAAAAUGCACACCUUUAUUCAGAACUUUAGUAUUAAAUCAGUUCUCAAUUUCAUUUUUUAAGUAUUGUUUUACUCCUUUUUAUUCAUAGGUAAAAUUUUGGAUUAAUUUGUGAAAAUGUAAUUAUAAUCUGAGACUGGUGGCUCUCUUCUUAAAAGCACCAUAUUAAAACUUGGAAAACUAA